AUGACGUCUUCAGUAGAGGAUAGAAAACGUAGAUAUAAUAAAUAUAUUCAUCGUGUAGAAGAAACUAGACAAAAAAGUAUAGAGCUAUCACCGAUAGCAGAUAUUUGUGAUCCUGUAAGAUUUUCUGCUGCUGGAUUUUAUUAUACUGGUUAUGGAUCUAAGUUGAAAUGUUUUGAGUGUUGUGUUGAAAUUGACGAAUGGAGUCGAGGUGACAAUCCAUGGCUAGAUCAUCAACGUGCUAAGGCAAGCUGUCGUUUUAUUAGAAAUAUAGCUUGUGGUAAUGUUCCUAGAGGAGUAAGCUCACAACUUAUACCUAUGGAAGGUGAUCCACAUUGUAUACCUACAGAUUUUCGUGCUUCGUAUCGUGUUCCAUCUACUUCAAGAGAAGAAGACCGUACAUUUUAUGCUGAAUUUUAUAUUGAUCUUGAAAUGGAAGAAUAUUCUAAUCCUCCAAUUGAAGUCCAAUUGUGUUGGAAUAUCUACUACACCUCCAGCGGAAAAAGAUCUGGUCUCAUAUGA